AUCUCAACUGACUUUUCGCUGACUCCUAAUGGUCACAGUUCAGUGCGCGAGGGCGCAGAAUUGCUAUGCUAAUUGGUCUGGCCCACAUUUUCUUAUAUGUGUCUGAAAAUUCCUUAAUGUGACAUGUAAAGCAGCUGCAGGAGUUGGAGGACUACACCAUGAAGCAAGUAAUCACGGCCAUGUUUUUUCUAAGCGCCUUUCUGUUCACAGCCCCUGCUUACAAGCUUCCCGAGAAUGGAUACACGGUGGAAGCCACAUUUGGUAACAGUUCCAGUGAAGCAGCUGAGGAAGCCGUCCUUGUGGGUUACAUUUUGCGCAUUGCUGCAAGUGAACUCAUGCAGGAUGACGCUCAAGACAGUGAGACCGACGAGUACUCGUUUCGCAGCUUCUGGGAAAAGCUAGGAAAGGCAGUUAAAAAAGCUGCCGAAAAAGUCGUUGUCUUCCUCUACGACCUCGGAAAGGAAGCAAAGGCGUCCGUAAAAGAAGUCGUAAGGGCAGCUGCAGAUGCGGCACUAGAGACAGCAAAAGAAAAAGCUAGCGAGAAAGCCGUUAUCAUUGUGACAAAGAUAUUGGACGAGAUCGUGGCCAACACAGAGUCAUCGGACUACAAGAGCAACGCCGACUUUGUCAAGCAUUUCAGCAAGAUUCUUGAUCAAGUGGGAAAGUGGUUCGUGGAGGAAGGUUCACAGAUUCUUCGACAGUAAUCAAAGCGCCAGACACGCUCAUUGUGGUGAAAGAGGUGACAUGUUCGCGAGGAGUUCGUGAUAUGUGCGGUUGCCCGUCUAUUGUCUUCUUGUAAAGCAUUUUUGUUAUCAGAAAGAAACUGCGAACAGUGUUAGAAAAGUAAGAAUUGGCUUGCUUCAUAUUGGUUCUCGUAAUGUGCGUAUAUUUGAUUUGACGCGUCAUAUUUUCGCAUUGUAGUGACGGCUAAGGACACAGUAGAGAAAACUGUGAAUGACGAAACCAACUCUUUGUAGCGAGCAAACCUGUGCUCACAAAAGCAAGUGACGCUCAAAGCUCAACCACAGCAGGGAGCAAAGUCGGCGAUCAUAGAAAUCCGAUCAGUGGGGGAAGCGCUUCGACUGUAAUACAGGACUCGUUUAAUCUACCAGCGUAAUCGCUGGUACCCGCGUGUCUUGGAGAAAGCAAUACACAAUUCGCAUUGCGCAUACAAUCUCAUUACGCAAGGUUCGGUGACAAGAGACAAAGAAUAGAAGCAUCGAUAAAACUCGAGAAACUUCCGAUAUGUGCAUGCGCCUCGCACGCCGAGCGCGAACGCUUAACAUUUAGAAGCCGGUGAAAAGCGGUCACCGUAGAAAUAUGAGCAAGCACACGUGUCAGUACUUUUAUUUCGCAGAAAAAGAUAGCGUGGAUGGCUGGUAAAAACCGGAGAAAAUCUUAACUCGGAAUUACAAACAUGAAGCACUUCCGUCAUGUCCGAUCACUGUUGUUUAUCCUGUCCUAGGUAACUGAAGUCAUUUUUCUGAUGAGCCUAGCAGAAUAAUUAGCAACAACAUUAUAUUUAGUUGUUAAGCUUGAAAUUAUUCUUGGACCUUCAAAGGGGUAAAUGCAGAGUAUGCAUGCGACCUAUUAGCUUUUCUUCAAUGGCCAACGCUAGCGUAACGAAGGCUGAGUCGUCGGUGGAAGUGCGACGGAAGCCCCAGAUUGACAAAGAGAGUUACCCUAACCGAAAUAUUUGACAAGCUUAUUUUCAUCAUCAUCAUCAGCAGCAGCCUAGUUUCAUGUCUACUGCAGGACAAAGGCCUCUUCUUGCAACCUUCAAUUACCCCUGGCUUGCGCUAGAUGGUUCCAGUUUACAGCUGCAAAUUUCCUAAUUUCAUCACGGUCCCCCCUCCCCUAGUUUUCUACCACCCUCGACUGCGCUUUCCUUUCCUUGGCAACCAUUCUGUAACUCUAAUGCUGCACCGGUUAUCCAUCCUAAUCUGCGCACUACAUGGCCUUUCCAGCUGGGUUUUUCCCCUCUUAAAGUGCAUUAGAAUAUUGGCUAUCCGCGAUUGCUCUCUGCUCUACACCGCUCUCUUCCUGUCUCUGAAGGUUACGCCUAAGAUUUUCCGUUCCAUCACUUUUUGUGCUGUCCUUAACUUGUUCUCGAGCUUCUUUGUUAGCCUCCAAGUUUCUGCCCUAUGUGUUAGCACCUGUAGGAUGCAAUCAUUGUGUACGUCUCUUUUCAACGGCAGAGGUAAGCUUCCGGUCAGGAUGUGACAAUGCCUGCUGUAUGAACUCCAAGCCAUUCUUAUACUUCUGUAAAUUUCCUUCUCAUGAUCAGGAUCCCCUGUGAGUAAUUGACCUAGAUAAACGUACUCUUGUACAGACUCUGGAGGCUGAAUGGGAUCCUGAAUUAUUGUUCUCUUGCCAUGCUGCCUAACAUUAUAUUUAUCUUAAUCAUAUUAAUCUUCUACCCCAUUCUUGUACUCUCUCGGUUAAGCUCCUCAGUCAUUUGUUGUAAUUGGUCCCAAGAGUUGCUGACCAAGGCAAUGUCAUCUGCAAACCGACGGGUGCUGAUAUAUGCGCCGUUAAUCCUCACUCCCAAGCCUUUCCAGUGUAAUGACUUGAAUACUUCUAAGCAUGCAAUGAAUAACAUUGCAGAGAUUGUGUAUCCUUGCCUUACCCCUUUCUUAAUAGGUAACUUUCUACUGUUCUUGUAGAGAACCAAGGCAGCUGUGGAAUCUUUGUAGAUAUUUGGCAAGGUAUUCAUGUAUGCCUCAUGUGCUCCUUGAUUACGCAAUACCUGUAUGACUGCUGGUAUCUCCACUGAAUCAAAUGCAUUUUCAUAAUCUUUAAAAAUCAUAUAGCGAGUUUGAUUGUACUCCAAGGAUUCUUCCAUUACCUGAUUGAUGACAUGGAUGCAAUGCAAGCUUUCUUUAUUCACAAGCGAUUGAUUCCUUCGGCUCCCCCCCUUCUUGUGAAGCUUAUGUCAUGAAGUUUGAGUAUCAGGGGAGAGUGAUCGUCUCGCAUGGCACAAUCAUCGCCCGAGACAGCGUCCUAUUUCUUACGCGGUGUGCCAUAACAAGACAUCAUACACAAGCUUAAAAAAAUGUUUAAGUGCUACUUAUUUCAAUCUUCCCCACCACCCAGUAACCUCUGCGGCCGAAUUCUCAUGAUGAAAUUGGGUUUGGACUCCAAGACUCUUGCAAUCUAUGAUUAAAUGACGGUUAAGCUCAGUA